AUGAAGGCGUAUUGUAGAACUUUACAAACUCAAGCAAUUAUUCACUUUUCUAAGUACAAAAGACUAACGAAUUACGCUUCGAAUGAUGGAAAUUCUUACCACGUCGAUAGGAAUAUUGCAACAUUCGAAAUACACUCUUCUUUUGGACUAAAUACAGAUUCCAGCGAUGGAUCAGAUCUCAUAACAAAGAUCUACUAUCUACAAUAUUGA